CUCGCACAGACACUCAGCGUAAUCACAGCUCCCAAUACAAUGUGGGCAAAGUUCACCAAAGCGAUCGGCCUCAACGCGGGCGGCAGCGGCGCCGUGGCGGGCUCUGGCCACGGUCGACGCGGCGCUGGCGUCAGCGGCAGCGCCGAGCCGCACUCCGGCCACCCGCAUUCACUGCUGGGCCGGCAUGAGAGGAGUCUAGAUGAGAUGAAGGAGUUCGCGCGCGACAUGCACCGCUUUGAGAAGCAGGCGCGCGAGUACAAAACUGAGACCGAGCGCUUCCUGGCGGGCGUGGGCUCCUUCCUGCGGGACAGCUCCCUUCCGCGCCUGUACGACACACUGCUCACCAGCCCCGCGCCGCUGGCCGCACCCGGCGGCGGCCUCACCGGCCCACACGUCACCAGCCCUACUACCCAGGAGCCCGAGCAACCCUCAGCCGCCACCGCCGCCACACCCAGCUCCGGCGCGCCCGGCGAAGGCGCUGCAGCUGCUGCUGCUACAGCCGGUGCCGGUGCCGGUGUGGACGACGAGCUGGUGGUGGUGGAGCCGCCGCCGCCCGCCGCCCAUCCCGACCUGUACGGCGGCGACCGGCACGCGCAGCUUCUGUCGCAGCUGGGUCCGGCGGUGGGUUCGCGGUUCGCCUCCCUGACGCUGCCGCUCAGUGUGUGGCUGGGCACCUACGAGGACGCCAAGCUGCGGCUGGAGGCUGCGCGCAAGCUGGAGGUGAAGGCCUUUGGCCGCGGCGGCGGUGGUGCGGGCGGCGGCGGCGGCGGGGCCGGCGGUGGGCUGAUGCAGUCGCUGCAGCACAAGGCGGCGCGUGAGCACCCGACCCACAAGCACAAGGCGGCAGAGCACAAGGCGGAGGACAAGGCGGCGGCGGCGGCGGAGGUGGGAGAGAAGAAGGACGAGGCCAAGGAGGCAGACGCGGGGACAGAGGCCGGAGCGCAACGGGCGGUGGAAGCAGAGGCGGCCUCCGAGGACAAGCCCACAGGCGUGGCUCCCGGUGAGCCGCACCAGCACCAGCACCAGCGUGUGCACAACGCGGCGGCGGCGGCGGAGUUUGUGGAGGCGGAGGCAGUGCUGUCGGAGGAGGUGGCCUGGCUGGUCCGCGGCGCUGCCCACCUGCGCGCCUGGGUGGCGGGGGCGCUGGAGGCAGCCACCGGCGGCAUCACCAAGGAGGGCGCGGCGGCGGGGCCGGAGGGAGUGCUGGAGCCGGUGCCGCCGCGUGUGGUGGCCUUCCCCAUGCGCCGCGCCAAGCACACCGGCAAGGACGCACACACCGGCAAGGACACGCACAGCAAGCGCGCAGCAGGCGCGACCGCGCCCACCGCCGCCACCGGCACCGGCACCGGCACCGGCGCCACAGCCGGCACGGAUGCCAGCGCUGCCGCCGCCGGCGUGCCCUCCGCCGCAAGCGAGGCUGCGGCUGCCGGGGCUCCGGCGGCGCAUGAGGAGGCGCGGACCAGCCACGGCAAGGACGCGGCGAGCAGGGGCGCGUCAGCAGCGACACCGCCGGCGGCCGCAGGACCAGCAGGGGCGGGGGUCACGGACGCGCCCCGGCAGGCGGCAGCGGGCGGCAGUGCCGGUGGCGCGGCGCUGGCUGCGCGUGAUGAGAUUGAGGCGGCGGGGCCGGGGUCACGCAGCGAUGCGGUGACGGGGGCGUGAGAGGGCAAGGACGGCAGGGGCGGCGGGGGCGCACUGCACGGGCGCCGUGCGUUAGACGCAGGUGAAGUGCUGUGGGCAAUAAUAUGCCGCCGCCUGUUUGUUUCAUUGGCUGGCGGCCUCGUGGACAGGCAGUGGCUUCACGUGAGGAGCGGCGGGCUGCUUGUCCCCUACCUGCCGCCAAGGCAUGAGACUCUUGAGACCCGUGGCUGUAGCUGUGGCGGUGGCGAUGGCGGUGGCUGAGGCUGAGGCUGCGGAUGAGAUAUGGCAGUAGCAGGGCCGGGGGUGCAGAGCGCAGAAAGGUUUGAGGACCUACUGCCCUAGUUGUUGGUUGUUGCUGGAAACAGCGCAGGCCAGGCAGGCGACUUUAUCCCCAUGUAAUGUAUACACACC